AACAGUCAGAGACAUUCCGUAAGAAGAACAUGAAACUUGUAGCAGCUGUUCUGUUUGCAUGCGUGGCAACACUUGCGCUGUUGCACAGCGUUUACGGUACACCGGUGCCGCCGGCGAAUCCAGAAGCGCCCGCUGCCAAUGCCAAGCCAGCAGCGAAUCCAGAAGCCAAUCCAGCAUCCAGCUCAGCGCCAAAUCCAGUGCCAAACCUAAAAGGGCCAGCUGCCAAUCCAGCGCCAAAUCAAACCGAUUUGCUGCCCAAUGAUGAGCUCCUGGGUACCACAGCGGACAACUCCAAUCCACUAUACCGUGUCAGUCUACAGGAUGCCGAUGCGAAGGAAGCAGCUCCAGUCGCAGUCCACAGCUUAGCUCCAAGCAACAGCAAUUUGCCAGCAAAUGCCGCCUAUCCAAGUGAGGCUGCUCCUUCUGUAGAUGCGGCUCCCAAUUUGAAUGAAAUCGGUGCCGAUGGAGCAGCCGACCAGCAGGUCUUGGUUGUCUAAGGAAGCGAGCAAUAAGCAGCGUCAGGUAAAUGCACACUACCACAUGCAAAGCUAAAGC